GCUGGUGUCGAAAAAGGAAACUCACCAAGUACGUGAAUUUUUUUCAAGCAGGGAAGUAAAAAAAACUGCAACGCGAUUAAAAAAACGUUUUUACACAAAUUUUAAGCAAUUAAAUUGAAUAUAAUAAACGAAAUUCCAUAGAUAAACUAACAGCAAAUAAAGCCGUAAAUAAAGAAUUUACAACAAAACCACAUAUAUCAACUAAGUGAGAUAAAAGAAGAACGAAUUCAACAAAUAUAUUCAACAACAUUUGAAAAUAGAAAAACUAACAACAGCAGCAGCAGGCCACAGCACCAUCUUCAUCUUCAAACGUAAAAAUUAAAGAAAAAGCUGACAAAAUAUUAAUUUUCUACGACUACGACCACUCUAAAAGACUGAACCCAAUCUUACAACAACAAACAAACAAAUCUCUCUACUCCACCACUACUCCUGAAUACUGUAAAGAACAAUAACAACAAACAAAGUGGAUUUUGUUUCUAAACAUCAUAACCACCACCACCAACCAUACUCAGUUGAAUCACAAAUAAAUAAACAAAAAUAAUAUAAAUUUAUUUAUUUUACCAUCCAUCCAUUGUUCGAUUUGAGUUACGUUAAAUUAAACGUCUAUUUCAAAACCGGGGAUUUCCGUACAUUGCUUCAAAACGUUAAGAUAUAACCUCAAAUUAUAAUUUUACUUAUUAUUUUGGGUUUUUUUGAGUGUUUUGAGUAUUAUCUACAACGAAAGAUCGUCAUCACCAUCAUCUAACAAAUAUUGUUGAAGUCAUUUUCACAACAAUCAGUCUGUCAUCAUCAUCACCAACCUCUUCUACCUCUUGUGUUUUUAAUUUUGAACAAUUAUCAUCUUCAUCAUCGUCGUCGACGUCUUUAUCUUAUUGUACGUCAGUCAAGAUUGCUUUAGAUAUCAGCAUCAUCAUUAUCCAGUAAAGAAGCUCCUUUCGUUGGAUUUUUUGUUGUUUUAUCCAUUCACCUCAAUAUGGAUGAUUUAUUGGUCGAAGUUCGACUCGAUAAUGGCGCCUACUACAAGGGUAUGGUUACAGCUGUCUAUGACGAUGGUGUCUGCUGUGAAGUUGAUGGCUGCCCAGAAGUUCAAAAAUAUCCCUUCGCAAAUGUACGCUUUCCACCGGAUGAUCAACCCGAGCCACCUACUUUUGAAGAAGGCAUGGAAGUCGAAGUAUUCACCCGUUCGACAGAGCGUGAGGUGUGCGGCUGGUGGACUGCUACGAUUAAAAUGUUAAAGGCUGAAAUUUGUGCUGUGGCUUACAUUGGCUUUGAGACACCCUACACUGAAAUUGUAGAACUUAAACGUUUACGUGCAAAGAAUCUCAAUCUGCCAAUUACGCCAAAAACUUUCUUUCAAUUUACGAUACCCGUACCCGAGGAAUUGCGUGCGGAAGCACAAAAAGAUGGCAUUCAUAAGGAAUUUCAACGUACCAUAAGCGCUGGCGUUUGUGUUUAUAGUCCUGAUUUGAAUGCUUUAGUUGUGAUUUCCAAAUGGGAAGUGACUCAUAAACGCGCCAGUAUGCUGAAAGAUAUGCAUUUUCGUAAUUUAUCACAAAAAGUUAUGCUUUUAAAACGUACUGAAGAGGCUGCACGUCAAUUGGAAUCAACUAAAUUACUUAACCGUGGGUAUACUGAUGAAUUUCAUGUACGUGAAGAUUUGAUGGGCUUAGCAAUUGGUUCACAUGGUGCCAACAUACAAGCGGCCCGUCUACUCGAUGGCGUUACCAAUAUUGAAUUGGAAGAGAAAUCGUGUACUUUUAAAAUAACCGGCGAAUCAAAGGAGGCGGUGCAGAGAGCACGAGCCAUGCUAGAAUAUGCUGAGGAAUUCUUUCAGGUACCGAGAGAAUUGGUUGGUAAGGUUAUUGGCAAAAAUGGUCGUAUAAUACAAGAGAUUGUCGAUAAAAGUGGUGUAUUUCGAAUUAAGGUGAUCGCUGGCGAUGAUGAACCCGAUGUGAGUAUAUUACGCGAGCCUGGACAUGUGCCAUUUGUGUUCAUUGGUACCGUUGAAAGUAUUUCAAAUGCCAAAGUAUUAUUGGAAUAUCACUUGGCUCAUUUAAAGGAAGUGGAACAGUUGCGCCAAGAGAAAUUAGAAAUCGAUCAACAACUGCGAGCCAUACAGGAGUCAUCAAUGGGUUCUGUGCAAAAUUUCCCUACCUCGCGUCGUUCGGAACGUGGUUAUAGCAGUGAUAUUGAAUCGGUGCGCUCAGGUCGUGGUGGACCACGUGGCAGAGGCCGGGGACGCGGCGGCGGUGGUAAUGGAGGUGGCGGCGGCGGUGGUGGUGGCAAUCAACGUUAUAGUCAAGGUCGUCGUGGUGACGAUGAUGAUUAUAAUUCCCGCGGUGAUCAUCGCUACAACGAUCGCAAUAGUGCCAGUGGUGGUGGAGGCGGUGGCGGUUAUCGUGGCGAUCGUCGUGGUGGCCAACGGCGUAACAAUCGCAAUAGCGAACAAAAUGGCAGGGAUCAUCAGUACUAUAGUCAAAAUGAUAAUGUACAGGAAGUUCGUGAGCAGAGCAGUGUUGAAAGAGCUGAAAGUAAUUCAUCAUAUGAAGGCAGCUCUCGAAGACGCAGAAGGCAAAAAAGCAACGCCUCUCAUAAUACGAAUGGUGGGUUAGCUACUAACAAAUCCCAGCAAAAUAGUAAACCGCCACAACAUAAUGCUGAUAAAACCAGCGGCAGUGGUGUAGGCGCCGCCAGCAGCAGUGGUGGUGGUGUUGGUGGUUCUUCUGCUAAUGCUAGCGAAAGAUCAAAACCGAGUCUAAACAAUAACAGCAACAACAACACUAGCAGCAGCAGCAACAAUAAAGAAGCCAAUAAUGUGACACAAAACAAAGGUGAACAACAACAGCAGCAGCAAGGUUAUGUGGCAUCACAGCAGCAACAGCCACAACACAAUCAACCGCCAAAAGCCAGACGUAAUAAUAAAAAUCGCAAUCAACAACAAAAUCAUGCAAAUGAUCAACAACAACAAAAACAACCACCACAACAACAGCCACAGCAGUCGCAACAGCAUACACAGGAGAAAAAGGAAACUUUAGUGAAUGGAACUUCCUAAUUUACCGUUAAAGGGUAAAAUAAAAGAUAUAUUCAAAUACCAACCUCCCUCCACUCACACACACACUCAAUCAAAUCCUCAUACAAACACGCGUACACUCAACACAUACACUCACAGACACUCAACACAUCCACUCAUUAAACCAUAAAGAAAAUAUCCUUUAUUUCUCUCCUUAAUUACAAACAAAAUAUACUACUUACAUAUAUUAUUUACAUUAUUUUGAAUAGACUUCUUUCUGUUGUGUUACUUUUAUUCAAACUUCUUCCUUAAGCAUUCUCCUUGUUGAAAUAAACUACAGAUAUAAAAAAAAGCAUUAAACAAGAAAACCCACAGAAAUGUUAAUAAAAUAAAAAACCCCAAUUAGAGGAGAAAUAAAAAAUGAAACACACACUAAAAUAAAAACAAAAAAAAAACACUUUCUGUCUUAUUUUUUGUUUUCAGGCAAAUUGCAAGAAUUUGCCUAAAAAAAGAAUAUGCAAAUAAUAUUUAAUAAAUAUGCGAAAAAAUAAAUUAAAAUUAAAAAUAAACAUAAACCUAAAAUAAAUGAAGAAUUUUAUAAAAUCCUUAUAUAUAUAUAUAUAUAUAGAUAUAUACAUACAGAAUAAUAAUAAUAAUUUUAUGAAAAACAUCAAAUAAAAUUUAUAAAAGAAAAACAAUUAAACAAACAUAUUAUUUAAUAAUAAUAAUAAUAAUAAAAGUUAAAAAUAGAAAUAAAACAGAAAAUACCUAAAACAAAAAACAAGAAAUUAACUUACAAAAUAAUUAUAAUAUUAAUUUAAACAGAAAACUAAAAAAACUAAGAUUAAAAAAACUUAAAAAAAGAAACAGGAAAUGAAUGCAACUGAAAUAAAAACAAAAUUAUUAUUAUUAUUAAAAAAAUAAAACAAAAAAAUAAGAAAAAGUUUUACUAGUAAUUAAAAUAAAAUUCAAAUCAGCACUUAAUUUGAUAAACAAAAAAAAAAGAAUUAAUUAAAUUAAAACAUAAACAUAAACAAAAUAUAAAAGUAAAUUAAAAUAUAAUAAUAAUUCAAACAAACAAAACAAAAAAACAAAAAACAAUGUUAACUAACAACAUUACUAAUUUAAGUUUUAUGUAAAAAAAAUUAUAUAUAAACUUUCAUCUCUUUAUUUUUUCAUUUUCAAGCAUGAAAUAAAACAACAACAAAAUUCCUUUAAGGAAGUUUUUUUCUACAAAACAUAAAUACAAAACAACAAAAAAAAACAAACAAGGAAAUAUACAAAUUUCAGAACUUA